CUUUAUAUAACUCGGAUGUUUUUACAAUCUUCCAUGUUUUGGCAGCUGCAAUUCGUGUUUCUCACUGCUUCACAUUAUGUCGCAAUUCAUCAUGGAUCACGUUUGACGACUAACGUUAUUGCUGAGUUCACUGAAGAAAUGGAUGUGUUUUGUGAACUACGAUGUGCAGAAAAUCGUUUUUGUGUUGCGUAUAAUUACAAAAAGAAAGUCGAUGAAAAGGAACUCAACUGUCAGAUAACUAACACAACAGAGCAUAAAUUUGAUGUCCGCCACUUUACCAAAGAAGAGCAAGUGUGGACGUUUCAUGAAGCUAAAGUCGAUAGGAGUGACUUUGCCUACUGCCGUGAAGAAGUGAAUGAAUGUCAAAAUGGUGGAACCGUGAUCUGGAAUCAAGAAAGACGAUUUUCAUGUCAAUGUCUCGAAUGUUACGAAGGACACUUUUGCGAAAAAGUAACUGAGACAUUUAAUGCUCUUGGAAUGGAAAAUGGUGAUAUUAAAGAUGAACAAAUCACAGCAUCAAGCGAGCUUGAUAUUAAUCAUAGGGCGGCAAAUGGAAGAUUAAAUUUUACACAGCCGGAUGGAAGAAGAGGGGCGUGGUCAUCAAAGCACGAGGAUGUUAAUCAGUGGCUUCAGGUUGAUUUCCAAAGAUCUACUCUGGUAACUGGGAUCAGCACCCAAGGACGACGGGACAAUCAUCAAUUUGUAAGGAAGUACACAAUCUCAUUCAGCAAAGAUGGCGAAAAUUUCCAGAAUUUUUCUCAGAGGGGGGUGAAAAAGGAAUUCCAAGGUAACACAGACAAGAAUUCCAUCGUCUAUCACCGAGUGAUUCCUCAUAUUUCUGCUCGGUUUAUUCGCAUCCAUCCAACGGUCUGGUUUAAACAUAUCUCAAUGAGAGCCGAAUUUUAUGGUUGUUCUUUGGUGUAA